GGGAGCCUUAGAAUUAGAAGCCCUAGGGAUGUUCCAGAAGGAACCCCUCACCGCAUCUUAAUAAUAACGGUCCAUUACUAAAUAGCAUUGUCACAAACACUAACCUAACCUCGUCGUCGAGCAUUUGCAUCUGCCAGCGUCAAUCUGCACUACACGCGUCAGCAGAGUGUCCAACAAAGACCCUUUCUAUUUCAAUUUUCUCUAUUCUUUCUAACAAAAACCAGUCACAUUAUAUAUUUAUUUUCCUUGGUCACCAAACUCUCCAACUUUAUGAUUAUUAUUUUUCAUGAUAAAUAAAAAUAUAAAAAAAGAAUUAAAAUUUUAAUUAACCAUCCCUCCCUCCGGGAAUUCAUUCAUUUAUUUCUCCAUACCCUGAUGCAAUCUAUCAGGAAGUCCUUCAAAUCUUAUGGUUCCCAUAACAAACAUUCCAAAAGGUUUUCCGCCGCCGGAAACACCGAUUCCGACCACGAGCACCUCCCCAUCCUCCUCGACCAAGAACCGCACCGCCACAACGCAAUGCCCGCCGGCGACUACGUCGUCAAGAUCGACGACGCCGCCGACCCCCCUCCCGCCGCCACCUCAUCCAACAACCGCAUUUGGCGGGACGAGAGCUUCGAUUUCCGCAAGAACGAGGACCCUCCGUCGCAGCUCAUCGGACGCUUCCUCCACAAGCAGAAGGCCUCCGGCGAGAUGCAGCUCGACAUGGAUUUGGAAAUGGAGGAGCUCCAGCACGACGCCGACGAAGGUAAGUUAACGCCGGUGGAAGAAUCUCCGGUCACCAACCGCAUGUCCAGGGAGCUCAAGGUCUCCUUCGACGAACCCGCUUCCAAUGCCAUUCAAGAAGAUCCCGUCCGGAGAAGACACAGCAAGGAAUCCGCCUCCAUCUCCAUCGCCGAGUUCCAGCGCCCUCCCCACCCGCCCCUGUACGACCGCCGCCGCUCCCCCUCUCCCUCUCCGGCCAACGACUGCGAGGUCCUCCGAUGCACCUCCAACGCUUCCUUCGAGAGGAACCUCUCCAUGCAGAGGAAAUCCGCUUUGUUGAAGGCCAAAACCCGCUCCAGGCUCAUUGACCCGCCCGAAGACCAGCCCGACAGGAAAUCGGGUCGGGUUCUAAAAUCCGGUCAGCUUCUCUCCGGUUUUUUGGGGAAGAAGGGUGACGACGACGACGACGAUCCCUUUCUCGAAGAGGAUCUUCCUGAUGAGUAUAAGAAGACUCAUUUUAGCAUUUGGACUCUUCUUGAAUGGUUGAGUUUGAUUUUGAUCAUUGGUUUGUUGAUCACCACUCUUUGUGUCCCCUUUCUCAGGAACAAGGACCUUUGGCAGCUUAGGUUGUGGAAAUGGGAGGUUAUGGUUCUUGUUCUUAUCUGUGGCAGGUUGGUCUCUGAUUGGGUUAUUAGGAUUGCUGUCUUCUGCAUUGAGAGGAAUUUCCUUUUGCGGAAGAGGGUCUUGUAUUUUGUCUACGGUGUGAGGAAGGCUGUUCAGAAUUGUGUCUGGUUGGGGCUUGUGUUGAUUGCGUGGCAUUUGUUGUUUGACAAGAGGGUGCAGAGGGAGACGCACAGUGAUUUCCUCGAGUAUGUGACUAAGGUGUUGGUGUGUUUCCUUGUGGGGACUUUGGUGUGGUUGUUGAAGACUCUUGUGGUGAAGGUGUUGGCCUCUUCUUUCCAUGUGAGCACGUAUUUUGAUCGGAUUCAGGAGUCACUGUUCAAUCAGUUUGUGAUCGAGACGCUUUCGGGGCCUCCGUUGGUGGAGAUUCAGAAGGCAGAGGAGGAGGAGGAGAGGCUGGCUGAUGAGGUUCAGAAGCUGCAGAAUGCUGGGGUUACCAUACCCCCUGACCUUAGGGCAACUGCUUUUACCAAUAUUAAGAGUGAAAGGCUGAGGAGUGGAGCGCUGCAGAAGAGCCCCAGAGUUAAGAGUGGCAAGUUUUCGCGGCCUCUUUCCAAGAGGUCAGAUGAUGGGAAUGUGAUCACCAUUGAUAACCUGCAUAAGCUGAAUCCCAAUAAUGUCUCCGCCUGGAAUAUGAAAAGGUUGAUUAAUAUGGUCCGCCAUGGGUCUCUUUCUACGUUGGAUGAACAGAUACUCGAUAAUGCCAAUGAUGAUGAAAAUGCCACGAUGAUUCGAAGCGAAAACGAGGCAAAAGCUGCAGCUAAGAAGAUAUUUCAGAAUGUUGCUAGGCGCGGAUGCAGGUAUAUAUACCCCGAGGAUUUGAUGCGGUUUAUGCGCGAGGAUGAAGCUGCGAAAACCAUGAAUCUCUUUGAAGGAGCUGCCGAUGCUGGGAGAAUCGGCAAAUCGGCCUUGAAGAACUGGGUGGUCAAUGCCUUCAGGGAAAGGAGAGCACUUGCUUUGACAUUGAAUGACACCAAGACGGCAGUGAACAAACUUCAUCGAAUGCUAAAUUUUAUAGUUGCAAUUGUUAUACUGGUUAUUUGGCUCUUGAUAUUGGAAUUUGCCACCACCAAAUUUCUUCUCUUUGUGAGCUCACAGGUUGUUGUGGUUGCAUUUGUAUUUGGAAACACCUGUAAGACCAUAUUUGAAGCAAUUAUUUUCUUAUUUGUCAUGCACCCAUUUGAUGUGGGAGAUAGAUGUGAAAUUGAUGGGGUUCAGAUGAUUGUAGAAGAAAUGAACAUACUGACAACCAUAUUUCUGAAAUGGGAUAAUCAAAAGGUCAUCAUCCCUAAUAGUGUCCUUGCUACCAAGCCCAUAUAUAACUUUUACCGGAGUCCUGACAUGGGAGAUACUAUCGAAUUCUAUGUACACAUAUCUACCCCAGUUGAUAAGAUUACAGCUAUGAAACACAGAAUAUCAAGUUUCAUGGAUAACAAGAAGGAGCACUGGUAUCCUUCACCGUUAUUUGUAAUCAGGGAUUUUGAUCAUUUAAACAUGAUCAAAAUGGCUAUCUGGCCAAUUCAAAAAAUGAACUUCCAGGACAUGGGAGAAAGGUAUGAGAGGAGAGCCCUUGUGCUGGAAGAGAUGAUCAAGACUUUCAGAGAGCUCGACAUGAAUUACCGUCUCCAGCCUCUGGACAUUAACGUGAGAGGCGUGCCUACCACUUCUGAUCGGCUUCCACCUAGUUGGACAACAGUUUCGAAUUGAGCAUACAAGAAUAUCUUCUGAUCAUGCUAGGAAGUGCUAUAUUUUAGCUGAAUAUAAUAUUGUAAAGAAUCAGUCCUUUGUUUUAGAUUAGUUUGAUAUGUACUAAUGUUAGUCUGUACUGUAGCUAUGAAGCCAUGCCUAGGCACAUGCCUAUCUCAUGUAGUUUUGUUGAAAUCAUUAGUAUUAAUCGCUACCUCUUUUAUACAAUUAUAUUACCAUAUUCUGUCUAAAA